AUGGAGGACAAUAAAUAUUUAAAUUUAAAUAAUGGUUUUAAAGACAAAAAAUCGUUUGAGGAAAAUUCAAAUUUUUUAUCUAGAUUAACUUUUCAUUGGGCAAAUAGGAUUAUAAUAUAUUGCUAUAAAAACAUUUUACAAAUUGAGGACUUGCCAGAUUUAGCAAGUUAUGAUAAAUCAGAGUAUCUAACAAGGGUUAUGGAGAAGCACUGGAGCAAAGAGUUAAAACAAGCUAAUCCAUCUUUUUAUAGAGCCUUGUUUAGAUCAUUUGGGGGUUAUUUCGCACUAAGUUGGAUCCAUUAUGCAAUUUCCACCAUCACUCAAUUUAUAUCACCAGUAAUUCUUGGGAAGAUAAUACAAAAUAUUAUUGAAAUAAGAUCAUCAUCAUCAUCAUCAAUAUCAUCAGAUGGCAGUAAUAACUAUGGUUAUAUAUAUUACCCAAUUAUUAUGUUUGCCUGUUUAAUGGUUGGUUCCAUAUGCAAUUGUCAAUCCAAUAUGAUAUCAUCAAGGACCGGAGAGAGAUUAAAAUCAAUUCUUUGUUUAUUUAUCUACAAAAAAUCAUUAAGGUUAUCAAAUUCCUCAAGAGGAAAAAAGAGCAAUGGGGAAAUUGUAAAUUUAAUGAGCAACGAUGCACAAAGAUUAUUGGAUAUAUUUAGUUUGGUCAAUACCGCCAUUUUUAGUUUACCUUUACUUAUAGUGUCUAUUGGGUUACUGUAUGUCUACAUUGGUUGGGUUAGUUUCGUUGCUUUGGGCAUCAUGAUAUUAACUUAUCCAUUUAACCAAAUGGGUGGUAAUACAAUUGCAGAAAUCAGAAGGGAGCUAAUCAAAUAUACAGACAGACGUGCAAAAGUUACAAAUGAAAUAUUUCAAGCUAUCAAGGUUAUCAAGUACUAUUGUUGGGAAGAUAGCUUUGCACAAAAGGCAAUCAAAGAAAGAGAAGGUGAGAUUAAGUUCCUCCUAGACUUUGUUCGUUACCGUAAUAGACUAAUUGCUUCGACUAGUGCCAUUCCUAUUAUUGUCAAUAUUGCCGUAUUCUGUAUUUAUUAUGCUGUUCAUAAAGAUUUACCUGCCGAAAAAAUAUUUCCUGCUAUAGCCUAUUUAAAUAUCUUUAGAGUUCCAUUUACCUUCUUGGCAUAUGUAAUGUCGCUUUAUAUUCAAUUUAAAAUAUCAAUCGACCGUGUUACCGAGUUUCUAUUAAUGCCAGAGAUUGAUACUAGCCAUAUCAUAAGUGAAAAUAAUCCAAAUAGUCCAUAUGGUGUUGUGAUUAGAAACUCCUCAUUCUCUUGGGAUUUAAAAAAAGAAAAAGAAGAAACUGUUGAAAUAGAGGAGGAGGUAUCCCAGGGUCUUAUUAAAUUAGAUUCAUUGUCUUCACCAAAUUUGGCCACCAGCUCUUUUACUCUUUCAAAUAUAAAUAUCGAGGUCACAGGUAAUGGUUGUUUAGCUAUGAUUAUUGGAAGUGUAGGCAGUGGUAAAUCAUCUCUACUCCAAGCUAUUCUAGGCGAAAUGUCACUUAUUAAAUCAAGUUUAUCAAUAGUUAAGGUAAAUGGGUCAAUUGCUUACUCUUCACAACAAGCAUGGAUAAUGAAUGCAACUCUUCGUGAUAACAUUUUGUUUGGUUUACCAUAUGAAAAAGAGAAGUACGAAUCCAUUUUAGAUAUUUGUGCAUUGGUCCCAGACAUCGAAACAUUUCCAAAUGGAGAUUUGGUCGAAAUUGGUGAGCGUGGUAUAAAUUUAUCAGGUGGUCAAAAACAAAGAGUUUCCUUAGCUAGAGCAAUCUAUUCAGAUAGAGAUAUAUAUGUUUUAGAUGAUGUGCUUUCAGCAGUUGAUGUCCAAACAAGUCGUCAUAUAUUUUACAAAUGUAUAAAAGGUGCACUCAAAAGCAAGGUUGUUAUUUUUGCAACCAACCAAUUAAAUUAUAUUUCUCAUUCAACCCAGGUACUCGUAAUGAAAGAUGGCGAAGUUCAAGAUAAUGGCCCAUAUAGUUUAUUAUCAAAUAAAUAUCAGAAUAUGGAUACAACAUCAGAGACAUAUGAAAAAUCCGAGUUUAUUAAAUUGAUGAAGACUAUUCAAUUUGCACAUGACCAACAAGAACAGCUCUAUGAGGAAACCAAAGAUACCACUGCAAACAAAGAGGUCAAUAAAAAAGAUAUAAAAGAGAAUGGGGAUGGUACAUUAGUUGCUAAAGAAGAAAGAUCAGAAGGUUCAGUUGCACUUAAACAUUAUGUUUACUAUUUUACUGUUGGUGGAAAGUUUUUAUUCUUUACCGUAUUCUUUGUGGCUACUCUGGAUAUGGCUAUAGCCACCUUUUCAACUUGGUGGCUAAGUUUUUGGUCCUCUAUGCAAUAUGAACAAGAAGGCUCUAUAAACCUUAGUGGAGUUCAAUUUUUAGUUAUAUUUUUAGCAAUCGGUGUAGUUUCAAUGAUAGUUUCAACUGCUCGUUAUUAUGUUUUAUAUGAAUAUUCCGUUCGUGCUGCUCGUAUUAUCCAUAUCAAGCUUUUCAACUCAUUAAUUAGGUCAACAAUGGCAUUCUUUGAUACAACCCCAAUUGGACGUAUUUUAAAUAGACUAACAAAAGAUACCGAUACUGUUGACUAUACAUUAGCCGGUAGUAUAAAUCACGUUUAUUACUUUAUCACAUCAGUCAUUGCAACUUUGGUGGUAAUUUCAAUUGUUACACCAAUGCUUUUAGUACCAUUAGUCCCAAUCAGCAUUAUUUUUUACCUAGUUCAAUAUUAUUUCCGUUUCACCUCAAGAGAGCUUCAAAGAUUAGAAUCAAUAUCACGUUCACCUAUAUUUUCACAUUUUUCAGAAAGCUUAAAUGGUGUUGUUGUAUUACGUGCUUUUAAAAAAGAACAUGAAAGUAUUGUCAAGAAUCAAAUCCUUUUAGAUAGUAAUAAUAACUGCUACCUUACACUCCAAUCAGUUAACCAGUGGCUAAGUUUGCGUUUGGACCUAUUGGUAAACAUCAUCACUUUCUUUUGUUGUCUUUUUAUUUCACUUAAUAGAUCAACAAUAGACAUUCCAAGUAUUGGUUUAUCUUUAAGCUAUGCUCUUAGUUUAUCAAACUCAUUAAAUAAAGCAACUAUUACAAGUGCCGAUACAGAAACUAGAAUGAAUUCCCUUGAGCGUAUUGUAGAAUAUAUGAACGUACCUUCAGAAGCACCAGCAAUUAUAGAAAACAAUAGACCACCAGCAAAUUGGCCAGAGAAUGGGGUAAUUAAAUUUGAUAAAGUUUCAUUAUGUUAUCGUCCAGGUUUACCAAAAGUAUUAAAUCAAAUAUCUUUCGAAAUUAAAGGUAAAGAAAAAGUUGCUAUUUGUGGUCGUACAGGUUCUGGCAAAACAAGUUGCACAACUGCCAUAUUUAGAUUAGUCGAGCUAGCCGAAGGUAAAAUUAUUAUAGAUAAUGUUAAUAUAUCAGAAAUAGGUUUAAAAGAUUUACGUGAAAAUAUUUCAAUUAUUUCACAAGACCCAGUAUUAUUUAAUGGAACCCUUAGAGAGAAUUUAGAUCCAUUUGGCCAAUGGGAUGACUCUACAUUAUGGAAGGUUUUGGAGGAUGUUCAAUUAGCAGAAUACAUUAAAAAAACAGAAGGUGGUUUGGACUCCAUAUGUUUGGAAAAUGGUGAUAACUUUAGUGUUGGCCAAAAGCAACUCAUUUGUUUGGGUAGAGCACUAAUAAGACAUACCAAGAUAUUAAUUUUAGAUGAAUCAACCUCAUCAAUUGAUAGCCAUAAUUCAGAAAUUGUUCAAAGAUGUAUCAAUGAAAAGUUCAAAGAUAUAACUGUAAUAACAAUUGCCCAUCGUUUAUCCUCUAUAAUGUUUGUAUUAUUCAAAUAUUUUUAUGCAAGCAAAAAACAAGAGGAAAAAAAAAGAAAACAACAAAUUAUAAAAACAAAAUCAAAAGCAAGAGAAGAAUUAAUUAAAAAAACAGAUAUUAAACAGCUUCCCAAAUCAAAUUUAUCAUAUGCCAAAAAGAAUGAAGAUAUAAAAAAAUUAAAUUUAAUUGUUGGUGAAAAAUCAUCAAAGAGACUUAAAGAGUCCACAAGAGCAGAUUGGCAUUUAAGAUUACAAAAGACGAAAGAUAAUGGACCAACUAAAAAUACCACAAGAUCAAACCUAUCAGCAACUGCACAAGCUGCAGCAGCAGAGGCAUCAUCUAAAAAUAAGAAAUUUGAAAAACUAGAAUAUGAUGCCAAACUAUUAGAAACAAUUAAAGAGAAAAGACUUGGUAUUCACAGAAUAUAUAAACAAAAAAGAGGUACUACCAAAUUAGAAAGUGUUAAAAAAGAGGUAAAGAAAGGAAUUGAAAGAUUUUUCGACUCAAAGAUGAAACUAAUUGGUUCAGCCAAAUCACUACAUUCAUUUUUACCAGAAACUUUACCAGAGGUAGCAUUCAUUGGAAGAAGUAAUGUUGGGAAAUCAAGUUUAAUUAAUGCACUCACUCAAAGGGGCAUGGCAAAAACAUCAGAUAAACCUGGUUUUACCCAAUCCAUCAAUUGGUAUGAAAUAGGAUCAACAUUAUACUUAGUCGAUUUACCAGGCUAUGGUUUUGCUUUUGCUAAAGAUGUAAAAUUAGAAUCAUGGGAGAACAUUACCCAUGAAUAUUUAACCACUCGUAAAACACUAAAAUGUGUAUACAUUUUAGUUGAUGCACGUCAUGGUUUGAAGGAUAGCGAUAGAACUUUAUUAUUGGAAUUAGAUAAAAAGAAAAUCAAAACCCAUAUAGUGUUAACAAAAGCUGACUUGGUCCUUCAAAUCAAUCUUGCAAAAAGAAUUCAAAUUACAACCGAUGAACUUAAAAACUAUCACCAUUCAAUUUUACCAAUUAUCACUGUUAGCUCUAGAAGCUUGGCUGGUGUUGCCGAUCUAUCGAAACAAAUCAAAACUAAAAAACUUUUUGUAAAACCAGUUAAAGAAAAUCCAAACAAAAAAUCCAAAGUAAUUUUACCUCCAAAAGAGUUUGAAGAAAAAAAGCAAUUAAAAAAAGAAAAAAAAGCAAACUCCUUAAAAAAAUUAUUAAAAAAAUAA